AGGGCCACAGGCUCCCAGAUGCCGAACUCCAAGAUGGGAGGCAAGCUGAGCAAGAAGAAGAAGGGGUACAAUGUGAAUGAUGAGAAGGCCAAGGACAAAGACAAGAAGGCCGAAGGAGCGGGGACGGAAGAGGAGGGGACCCCGAAGGAGAAUGAGACCCAGGCGGCUGCGGAGACCGCCGCGGUGAAGGAGGGCAAGGAGGAGAAGGCGGAGAAGGAUGCCCAGGAUGCUGCCAGCAAGCCCGAAGACAAGGAAGCCGAGAAAGGCACAGACGCGGCCAAGGCGGACGCCCCGAAGGCAGAGCCUGAGCAGACGGAGGGGGCGGCCGAGGGGGGAGGGGAACCCGCAAAGACUGAGGCUCCCGCGGCUCCUGCCUCGCAGGAAACGAAAAGUGACGGGGCCCCAGCUUCAGACUCAAAACCCAGCAGCACUGAGGCUGCCCCAUCGUCCAAGGAGACCCCAGCAGCCACGGAAGCACCCAGCUCCACGCCCAAGGCCCAGGCCCCCGCAGCCCCCGCAGCCCCCGCAGACGAGGUCAAACCUGCCGAGGCCCCGGCCAUGAAUUCCGAUCAAACCGUGGCGGUGAAGGAGUAACAAGGACAGCCUAUGGGAAAAGAGAUCACAGCUUCGACACAACCUGUUUCUCUCUCUCUGUCUGUCUCUCUGUCUCUCUCCUAUACUAACUUGUUUCAAAUUGGAAGUCAUGAUAUGUAUUGCCCAAGGGAAAAAAAUAAAAAGAAAUGAAAAGGAAAAGAUGUCCCAUCAAAGGAGGGAGGGGGGAUGGGGAGAAUCCAAAUAGUAUUUUUGUGGGGAAAUAUCUAAUAUACCUUCAGUCAACUCUACCAACCAGUCCUGGCGUUUCGAGGUCAGUGUCUGAAAGUAGUCCGCCGCUAACUCAGAUGGGUACCGAAUUCUGCAAGGGGAGUAGGGAGCGUUCCGUUUGAUUCUGCCCGCAGGGCCCUUCCAAAGGCAAUCAGAUCUUUAUGAAAGCAGUAUUUUCUGUGUUUCCUUUUUUUUAAUUUGCCGCCUUUCUUCUUUUGAUAUUUUUUAAAUGUCUGUGGAUGAAUGCCACCUUUCAGACAGCCCACUGAGCCUGUCCACAUGUAUCUCCAUGCCUCCUCCCCAGGUAUUUUUGGGAGUAACACACAUUCUCUCAUCCAACUUAGCCUCCCUAGAUUUCUCAUGACGAGUUAAUGCAUGUCCGUGGUUGGGUGCACCUGUAGUUCUGUUUAUUGGUCAGUGGAAAUGAAAAAAAAAUAAAAAAUAAAAACGUCUGCGUUCAUUGCAGUUCCAGUUUCUCCUCCAUCCUGUGUCACAGACACCAAUACACCACUCAUUGGAAAAAUGGGAAAAAAUUAAAAAAAAUAACAAAAAAAUGUACAAUGGAUGCAUUGAAAUUAUAUGUAAUUGUAUAAAUGGUGCAACAGUAAUAAAGUUAAACAAUUAAAAA